CGGUUGUGUCACUGAUCCCUGACAGUAGCGGAGGUGCCCCUAACGGCAACGCCUGUCUCGCCUUAUCGAAGCACAACGGCAGCGAGCUUCCGCUUAUCGGACCCUGCUUGGCCGGCAAUCACCCCUCCAAGCCCGGAGGCUAAAUAAUUCACCUACACUCACCCUACAUGCGGUGACUCAGAUACAAACAUAUACGACUCUCUCAACGCCUCACUACACAUAUCCAGUCUCGCUAGCGGAUCGGAUUACCAUGUCGGGACCGCGCGCAGUUGUCCCGUCCCUCGAGACGGUCAGGUCGAUCCUCUCCGCCUCGGCCGCGACGAACGGCUCCAAGAAACCGACCCUCGUCCCCGUCUACCGCCAGAUCUCCUCCGACCUCAUCACCCCCUCCGCUGCCUACCUCAAGGUCUCCGCGCACCACCAGGACUCGGACUACUCCUUCCUCUUCGAGAGCGCCGCCACCGAGCGUGUCGGCCGCUACAGCUUCGUCGGCGCCGGCCCCCGAAAGGUGCUCGCCACCGGCCCCGGCCAUGGCCCCGAAUGCGACCCUCUGCCGGCCCUGGAGGCCGAAUUGGCGCAGCACGUCGUCGCCCACGUGCCCGGCCUGCAGCUCCCGCCCAUGGCCGGCGGCGCGAUCGGUUACGUCGGCUACGACUGCGUGCGGUACUUCGAGCCCAAGACGGCACGACCGAUGAAGGACGUCCUCCAGAUCCCCGAGUCGCUCUUCAUGCUCUUCGACACCAUCAUCGCGUUUGACCGCUUCUACGGCGUCAUCAAGGUCAUCACCUACCUCCACGUCCCCGAGGACAACGCCCGGCUCGCGGCCGAGUACCAGAAGGCGACGCAAAUCAUCGACGAUCUCGUCGCCGUCCUCAACGCCCCCGAGAUCCCGAUCCCUGAGCAGCAGCCCAUCCGGCUCAACCAGGAGUACACGUCCAACGUCGGCCAGAAGGGCUACGAGGCGCACGUCACGGAGCUCAAGAAGCACAUCGUCAAGGGCGACAUUAUCCAGGCCGUGCCCUCGCAGCGCUUCGCCCGCCCCACGAGCCUGCACCCCUUCAACAUCUACCGCCACCUGCGGACGGUGAACCCGUCGCCGUACCUCUUCUACGUCAACUGCAAGGACUUCCAGAUCGUCGGCGCCUCGCCCGAGCUGCUCGUCAAGUCCGAGGCCGGCCGCGUCAUCACCCACCCGAUCGCCGGCACCGUCAAGCGCGGCAAGACGCCCGAGGAGGACCAGCGCCUCGCCGACGAGCUGCGCAGUUCGCUGAAGGACCGCGCCGAGCACGUCAUGCUGGUGGACCUCGCGCGCAACGACGUCAACCGCGUCGGCGACCCCUACACGGUGCGCGUCGACCACCUCAUGGUCGUCGAGAAGUUCAGCCACGUCCAGCACCUCGUCUCGCAGGUCUCGGGUGUGCUACGGCCGGGCCAGACCCGCUUCGACGCCUUCCGGAGCAUCUUCCCCGCCGGCACCGUAUCGGGCGCGCCCAAGGUGCGUGCCAUGGAGCUGAUUGCCGAGCUGGAGAAGGAGAAGAGGGGUAUCUACGCCGGCGCAGUCGGCUACUUUGGCUAUGGCGGCGUCGAUGAGAAGGGCGACGAGGUCGAGGGUGCCAUGGACACGUGUAUCGCGUUGCGGACGAUGCUCGUCAAGGAUGGCGUGGCGUAUCUGCAAGCUGGCGGCGGCAUCGUAUUUGACUCGGAUGAGUACGACGAGUGGAUGGAAACGAUGAACAAGCUCGGCGCGAAUAUGCAGUGCAUAACCACGGCGGAGGAGCUUUAUUACGAGCAACAACAAGCAGCGAGUAAAUAAUGAUAGAGAAAAG